GUCCUUCUUCGUUCGUUCUUUUACGAAUCAGUCUUCAAAAUAAAGGGAUUCUGUUUUUCAUUUAAUUUAAAAAAAUAUCUUGUUUUAUAAAAAUCAUCAAGAUGGCAGAGUCUGAUGUUGCUGAUUUGGAUCUCACUAUUGACGAUUUAGUUCCAAAAAGUCCAGAAAGACUGGCUGAAGAAAAAAAAGAAAGCGGAAACCAUUUAUAUAAAUUCAAAAAUUAUAAAGGAGCCCUAACCAUGUAUGAUGAAGCAAUUAAACUUUGUCCCGAGAAUGCUGCAUACUACGGCAACAGAUCUGCUUGCUACAUGAUGUUAGGCCAGUACAAAAAGGCAUUGGAGGAUGCACAGAAAGCCGUCACAUUGGACCCGACAUAUACCAAGGGAUUCAUCCGUAUUGCAAAAUGUUGUAUUGCACUAGGUGACUUGUCUGGUGGGGAGCAGGCGGUGGCGCGAGCGAGCGAGCUGGGCGGAGCGGAGUGCGCGACGAGCGAGCGCCGCGCGCUGGAGUCUCUGAGGCGCCUGCACGACGAAGGCCAGCGCGCCAUGGAGGCUGCGGACUACCGCCGCGUCGUCUUCUGCAUGGACCGCUGCCUCGACUACAGCCCGUCUUGCUCAAAGGCCAAGCUCAAAAAAGCCGAAUGUUUGGCAAUGCUUGGGCGUUGCCAGGAAGCUCAGGAAAUCGCCAAUGACUCUUUACGUUUCGAUAGUCUGGAUGCCGAAGCCAUUUAUGUGCGAGGUUUAUGCCUUUAUUUUGAGGACAAAGACGAGCAAGCCUUCAAGCAUUUCCAACAAGUGUUGCGGUUGGCGCCUGACCACAAAAAAGCUAUGGAAACAUAUAAAAGAGCGAAACUUCUCAAACAGAAGAAAGAAGAAGGAAACGAAGCAUUUAAAAUGGGUAGAUGGCAACAAGCUUUGACUCUCUACAAUGAAGCGUUGACUGUAGAUAAGAAUAACAAGACUGUAAAUGCCAAGUUGUAUUUCAACAAAGCAACCGUAUGCGCCAAACUGAACCAAAUCAAGGAGGCUGCGGAGGCCUGCACUGCUGCCCUCGAGCUGGACGAAAAUUACGUCAAGGCUCUCCUCAGACGCGCCAAGUGCUACACAGAACUCGGCGAGUAUGAGGAGGCUGUGAAAGACUACGAGAAACUGUACAAGAUUGACAAAAGCAAAGAGAACAAACAACUCCUACACGAGGCCAAACUUGCCCAUAAGAAGUCUAAACGCAAGGAUUAUUACAAGAUUCUUGGCAUUGAAAAAACUGCAUCUGAGGAUGACAUCAAAAAAGCUUACAGGAAGCGCGCAUUAGUGCAUCACCCGGACAGACACGCGGGCGCGUCUGACAACGAGCGGCGUGAGCAGGAGCGCCGCUUCAAGGAGGUUGGCGAAGCCUACGGGGUGCUCAGCGACCCCAAGAAGCGCGCGCGAUACGACCACGGGCACGACCUGGACGACGACGGCGCGGGCAUGCCGGAUAUCGACCCCAACGUUGUAUUCCAAACAUUCUUCAAUCGUGGUGGCGGACAGCAUUACGGUUUUCAUUCGGAUAGUGGAUUCCCUGGUUCCACUUUUAGUUUCCAGUUUGGUUAAUUUAGUCACAAACAGAACCAUUUGUUAAUUGGCAAGUUAUUUUUUAGGUAACGUAAAAAACAGUUUAUGGUAUAGGAUAAAAAUUAGCUCCCAAUUAAUUUUCUGUCAUUCCACACUAAAAUACUUAUAUUAUAAUAAUAACAAGAUGGAUAUAGUUGGCAGUAAUAAUACUCUCCAGAGCAGAAUAGAAUGGUGUGUGCAACUCUUGGCCCCUCCCUUUUCCGAAUUUUAAAUAAUAUGUGACCAUCGAUUUAAGAAACUUUAUGGUGUGGAUGGUUGUUCUAUUGGGCUAUAGGUACCUACACAAGAUAUGGUCAUUAGGUAAGACCGCCUUACUUAUUGUAGAAUAAAUGAUUCAAAUAAUAAUGCAUACAAACAUAUGUAGCGAUUAAUUAAUAAUAUGGACUGAUUUGGUUAAGUAAAUUUAAUUUUCGUUAUUUCCUUAAUAAUAGCAUGUGAAUACUUUUUCGUGUUCUUAACCUUUUUAAAAUAAUGUUAUUAUUACAUUCUUCAGCUAACAAUGUUAAUAUAGUGUUCAUAAAAUAUUUUGAAGCUAAUGAAAAUUCAAUAAAUGUAUAAAUAAAAUAUAAACUACGAAAGUAGCGCUCCUCAGUCAUAAUAUUGGAGAAUGUUCACUAGUUUUUGUUUAAUGUGGUUGAAUUAAAACCAACCGUUAAUGAACCUUCUAACUUAUGCCGCACUAGGCCGGGACAGCCGGGAGCACUUCGGAUUCGUUUUUGUACGAUUACGAAAGUACGUGCAAUACUUACUUAUGUAAUACACGUGAUUCUCCAUCUAAUAUCAAAGUAUUGACCUUA